UCCCCAUUCAAGGUGCGACUGAGGAGCAGGUGCGCGAGGAUCCCGCCGGGAGAAGACGACGACGACUUAUUUCACCGAGCCACGGAACAAGAGAGUGAAACACCACGCGAGAGAAGUUCGUGUGUCGAGUUAAACUUCAGCAAACAGUCAAGUCAGUGAGGUGUUGGUGUCCGUGCCUUCGGAGCAGGUGAACGCUUCCGCUGCGUUGAAAGAAAGACAAGGAGAAGAAGAAGAAGGAGAAGAAGAAGAAGAAGAAGAAGAAGAAAUGGCCAACUCCGGUCUGCAGAUCCUGGGCUUCGCCCUGUCUCUGCUGGGCCUCAUCGGGCUGAUCAUCGGCACCAUCCUGCCCCAGUGGAAGAUGUCCGCGUACGUCGGGGACAACAUCAUCACGGCGGUGGCCAUGUACGAGGGCCUGUGGAUGUCGUGCGCCUUCCAGAGCACGGGCCAGAUCCAGUGCAAGGUGUACGACUCCAUCCUGCAGCUCAACAGUGCCCUCCAGGCAACCCGCGCCCUCAUGAUCGUGAGCAUCAUCGUGACACUGGCCGGUCUGGGAGUCGCCUGCAUGGGAAUGAAGUGCACCAACUGUGGCGGCGAUGACAAAACGCGCAAGUCCCGGAUUGCCAUGACCGGUGGCAUUGUCAUUCUGGUUGGAGCUUUGGCCUCUGUUGUCGCCUGCUCUUGGUACGCUCACGACAUCAUCCAGGCCUUCUACAACCCGUUCACCCCCGUCAACACCAAGUACGAGUUUGGGUCCGCCAUCUUCAUCGCCUGGGCUGGAGCGUUCCUGGCCGUAGUGGGAGGUGCCAUGCUGACAGCAUCCUGCCCACGAGGCAAAUCCACACCCAAGUACCCCAUCUCCAGACCCCCAAGUAGCAAGGAAUACGUUUGAACAGGACGGGACUUGGUGUUCGACACCGAAGGAAAACUUUGACAAUCGUGCUAGUCCAGCUCAGAGAUUGAAACGUUGAAAAGGGUGUAUCCCAGGAGGCGAUCAGUACCUGUUGUAUCUUUUUUUUAUUUUGUUUUAUUUUAGUUUCGUCAGGGCUGCCCUGUGAUGUUACUGUAAUAUUAUUUUAACAGAUACAUAAAAAGUUUUUAAAUAAUCGCCGAAUACUUCUAAGAAUGCGCUCACCGGCCUUGCCUUGUCUUACGCCUGUAAAGCACUAAGUUAAACUAGAGGUGAAACACCAGGGUAUUGUAUAACUCGGUACACAGUAAAAGUUUUUCACACCCUCGCAGCUACAGUGUGCCGUGCAUUAUUAGAUUAUGCAUUUGGUUUGGAAAAUAGGUUGAUUGCACUGAGCAGAAAUCAGAUAAGGCAGCAGAAAUCUCUUCAGCCAUUCACAUCUGGAUAGGCUACACGCAUAUCAGUUCAUCAUCUGGCCCCUGAUCAGCAAGUUGCUCCCACUUUUUAGUUUUCCACGGAUUUGAGCCCUAUUUAUAUGAACAAGACAAAUCCUUCAGUAGCAGUGUAGACUAGUCUCAAUAAAGUGCCAGAGUGAAACUAGACUAUAUGAAUUGCAACUCACCGGUUCCUUUUAUUGCCAAUGUUUUUGCCGACAAACGUACAGCACGAGAAACGUCGUGAGCCAUUUCUCAACUCGUUCUGCUUUGAUUACUGUUGUGUAAAUGGGCUUGGCUUAUGCUUGUUUGUUUUUAAAUUUUUAUUUACAAUAGCUGAUGCUGCACUCAUCAGAAGUUUUUUUUAAAACGUUUUAAAUUGUGAUUUGCAAAGUUUUUUGUUUGUUGUACAUAAAAUAAAAGUAAAAAACUCUACUGUUUUUGGGUUCUGGAAAAUACCUUAA